AUGUAUUGGACCAACCGAGGAUGGAAUCUAAAGUUGGCUUUACUUUUCUUCACUACCGUUCAAGUUACAGCAAAUAAUUCGACGUCGGUAUCAUCUAAUUCUCCUAUCGUAACAGCUUCGACCGUAGCUCUUGCUGUUGUUGUGGUUUUCGCCUUGUUGGGAAAUACCCUCGUUUGCUUUGCAUUCUAUCACUCGACCAACCUCAGAUGUGUUACAAACAUAUUCAUUGUGUCAUUAGCCAUCACAGACAUCCUUGUGGCUUCCGUUUCAAUUCCGAUCUGGCUUGUUAUUCAGAACACGGAUUGUAUCAAAACAAUGCAGGCCUGCGAUCCGAUUCUCAUCUCGUUUUGGAGGUGCUUGGACAUCCUGUUUUCCACCGCUUCGAUCAUGAACUUGUGCGCCAUAAGCUGUGAUAGGUACAUAGCUAUCACUUCACCUCUAAGGUACUCACAGAUCCUCACCAAAACCCGCGCGAUCAUCGCCUUGAUUGGCCUGUGGUCAUAUUCAGCAACCAUUGCUGCUAUCAACAUACACGGCGGGAUUUACUACCCUGUACUGGUGUUUGUGGUGUCUUUCCUUCUUCCUCUCUCCAUAAUGGUAUACUCCUACUCACGCAUAUUUCUUGCCGCCCUUCGCCAAGCGCGCCGAAUCCAACCUCUCCGGCAAGCAUUCUAUUUCAAGCGGGAGAUCAAGGCGGCAAAAACGCUGGCGAUUGUCAUGGGUGCGUUUAUAGUCUGUUGGGCGCCGUUUUUCAUCGUGAAUAUCUUGGUUACGUUUUUAAAGUUUUAUGUCCCGUUGGUAGCGACUUUCGCAAUCAAACUGCUUCAUUAUGGAAACUCCGCUCUAAAUCCUGUCAUUUACUCAAGCUCCAAUCGAGAUUUUCGACACAAAAUUUUGCGAGUCCUCCCUUGCAAAUGCGGGCAAAUUCAAAGCAAUCUAAGCGAAGCUGUGGUCCAAUUCUGGAGCACGAGUUUCCGAAGUACGUUCGGUGCAAGUUCUACAUUUCGAAACGAAAGUGCUAUGGAAAGAAAUAAUAACAUUGACGACGAAAUCACUAGUCGAACGAAAACAAAAGUUGAAAACGGUUUUUGCGAAAGACCAACUCAAUAGAUCGACUGUGGAUUGAAAACAAACAAGCGGGCUUUCUAAGAGCUGUAGAUACAGGGAUGUGGUGUAGUCUAUGAGGAGCAUGUAUUACACAUUUAUGUUAACUGCUUCAUAACUCUGUUUUUAGGCAAUUAUCUGAAAUAGCCCAAUUUGUAUUAAACACUGUUCGAUAUUCCUUCUAAACUGCACUUUUAUUUCGGUCUAGUCUGGCCUCAUUAUAUCAUCAGGUGAUAACAAGAUUAUUGAAAGCCUCCGAUCUGAGUUGUCAUGGAAACAUUUAUGGAAACUGAUGACAUUUUUGAUAACUUGAUAUUGUUUUACAUGACACGAUAUCUUUCUUUAAUGAUUUCCCGAAUGACAAUGUAAAUGGUUUCUAACGCUUUGGAACGGUGUAAUCAAGUCAUGUCAAAAUGAAAAUUCGCGAGCGUUACAACGUAGAAACCCUAAAAAUUGAUUACUUCUGCGUUGUAGUAGAAGCUGUUCGCUUUACUGGCCAAGUAUUAAAGACCAUUUAUCACUAGCUAUUGUAAAUAGUAGUGAUAUAGGUAAUCCUAAGGAAUAGUUAACAAGAAAGAAUUAGAUUUGCCUUUUUCGGAGAUUAACAUAAAGGAGAAAGAAAAUGACCACAAUCUUCCGUUACUAAUAAAAUUUUGUCAAUUUAAUUUA